AUGUCCAAAGUCAGAUUUGCCAGAUACGUGUUGCUACUAUUGUUGAUUCAGCCCUCUCGGGAACGAACAAGCUACGAUCAGAGACAGACGUUUCUUACCAUGCACAACCACCUUCGAGAUGAAAUAAGAACCUGCAAGCUUCGUGGGCAACCGCCGGUGAAAGGUCCCUACGAACCUAUGGCUUGGGACUCAACUGUAGAAGCUCAAGCUCAGAAGUGGGCAGACAAAUGUCUGUUCGGUCAUGGUGAACUGCAAGGCGUAGGACAGAACGUUGCUAUUGCAAGCAGCGUCGAACGAGCCGUGAAACUGUGGGCGGAAGAAUAUGUGAAUUACGAUUUCGCAAAGGGUAAAUGCAAGCGAGGGAAGCAAUGUUUACAUUACACACAGAUGGCUUGGGCUAGUUCAACAAGUCUCGGAUGUGGGGUUAAACACUGUCCUAAGAACGGAACUACGCUUUAUGUAUGCAACUACAAACCGCCUGGCAACUACAGAGGUCAAAAACCGUAUACAGCUGGAACAAAGAAGGAUUGCUUAACAUCAACCACAGUCAAUGGACCGAAGCAAAAAAGAUCGACGACAUCUGGCAGCGGAAAUCUGUGGCAGACGCGCAAAACAACAGCAGCUAAGCUCAUUUCCUUCUUGCUGAUUCUUUUGUUGGUACGAAGUCCCAUUCCUCGGAAUAAUAAACAAACCGCCCAUUAAGUUAACAAAUAUGGUGAAAACUGUGUUUUGCGAAUUUUACCCAUAACAAAUUAUUUGAAAUCACUCUCGUUCGUUUUUAUUUUAUUAGUUUAACUUUUCACGUAUAACCGAAGCAUUUUAAUGAUAAUAAACUUGUCCUUGUCUG